AUGUACGGCUUGGAUGCCCUGGUCGCGCGUGCGACCCCUCCGUACAACGUUCUGGGAUCUACGCUGUUUCUCUCCUACAUCGUUCUUGCUCUAUACUUCACGACCUCUAUUUUGCUCUCCUUGUACCGUCAAUACAUUGCCAUAUUCUUCAGUGCGAAUGCCGCAAAAGACGAUAAAAAAACGGAAGCCAUCAAGAGUGUCCGAGCACGCCACAUCAACAUCUAUGCCUUUCUCUCUUCCAUCAGCUUCGCAACGCUCUCGUAUCACAUGCUCGGCUUCCUCAUCGCAUCGUACACGAACUGGGCUGGACCUCAGGGCCUCUGGGAAACGGAUAUGACGAUAGAGAGUCUCAAGUCAUGGAUGCUGGAGACUUCACUGUUUGAAAGCUUCGCGAAAGAGUUGGUUAGGGAUGGCCCGAGCACCGCGUGGACGCAGGCGGCGAUUGUGGGCACUUGGUUUUGGAAUAUUUGGAUGGCUGGGAAAGCAAGCGAGCGCAGAUUCGAUCGCAAGAUGAUGUUUCCGUAUAUUAUGCUCGGCCAGAUUCUACCCGUCUCUCUCACGGUAUCGCUAUUUGUUAUACAGCUACAUCUCUCAUCUUCGGAUCUACAGUCAAGCGCAGCGCCAGCAUCAGAAAAACAGGCCGACACUGCUAACACCAACGGUCCCAACCGGCCAAAGAAGACUUACAAGAAGACCUCACUCACAUUGCCAACGAUCCUUCUAAAUGCCUCCCUUAUCGCUCUUCCACGCCUCCGCAAUCAUCUGGUUUUCAUACCGCUGGUACUUAUGACCCGGGUCAUCCUUCUCCUUCCGCAUUCUGGUCGCGUAAGCUUGCGCGGUGCCGAUGUCAUGCAGAGCAUUUCGAUCUCAGGAGGCUUCGUCGUGGCAAAUCUAGUGAUAACGAGGAAGGCCGCCGGGUGGAGAGAUGUUGCCAGGGGCUUGUGGACCGGUGGUCAAGCCGUGAAGGCGUUAGGUUGGGAUGGGAAUUUGGGUGCUGUGGUCUAUGUGGUGCUAGGGUGGGGUGGAGGUGUUUAG